GAACUUGCUUUUUACAUUAAAACUAAAAUGUGACCUCAUGAGAUGUUUUCAUUUCAAGCAAUUUGUGCUUUGAUUUCAGUUGUUCGAAAUAUUCAUCUGUGUGUUCCCUUCAGUUUUUCUAAAAUCACAAGAUAUACAAUCUUUCAUUAGAAAACAGUAUCCCAGCUUUAAUAGUUGACCACAUUUAUAGUACAAACCUUGUUAAUAAAAUAUGAGGGCAAAAAACAAACCAAGAAUAAUAAUUGUUCAUUAAUCAUAAUCAAGGUAAAAUGUUCAAUUAAUCGUGAUUUUGAUUUGAGGUCAUAUUGCCCAGCCCUACUUAUAAGUAUACCAAAAAUUAACGUUUUGUUGGUGGUGCAAAGUGUUGCUUUUGCAAUGCUGGUCAUAAGAAUAAAUAUGUAUGUUGCUGGGUGUUUUUUAAUAUAGAUGAUUUAGAAAAAAAAAUUAAAUGUGGUAGUUAGCAAAAGUCGUAUGACUAGGCUUGAACUUGCAUGUGUGAUUUCAAAUUGGGCACAGUUCAUGCAUAUGACAUCCUAUUUAACAGAUUGAAAUGGUCUGUGGAGAAAUCACGUUUUGUAUUUGUAUUAGGUUAGUUAAAAUAACAUUUACUGGGAGUUGUAAGUAUGUUGCUAACACUGUAUUUAGUUGGUAGACACUGCAACACUAAUAAAAUGCUGAAUGAUGUCAGAAUGCUGGGAGACUAUGAAUCAUUCUGGGCUAAAACUUGUCUAUCAGUGACAUCACAUAGAAUAUGGUCAUUAAACUGUAUAUUGCUGAGUUUCAUUUUCAAAACAAAAUGUAAAAAAUUCUGCAUGUAGAAGUUUAUUUUCUGUGUUUCUCUUCUUGCUUUGUGCCUCACAACCUUCCUGACCCUCUGGACGUACUUGAAUGUUAGUUGAAAGAUCGGCCCUUCGCGGGGUCCAUCAGCGAGUCUGCCGUUUCACCCAGGCUUCUUUUCCGCGGCUCUAGCAGCCUGUGUUUUGGUCCUCGUGGACUGUUGUCUUGACUCGCAGUGUGAAAGGGGCACUCGUUUUGCAUGGUUGCUUUCCUCCUGCGCCAUCUUUUCAAACAAAGUCUCUGACUUCAUGUAACGUACACAUAUUUAAAAAAGCAACUUUUCAGAAACUUGCAGAUUCAAAUCCUCGCAGGACAAUUGCAGCUGAGCCUUGGUUCAGUUAGGAACCAAAUCUUAAUUACUUAAAUGAAGUACUCUUACUUGGUUUUGGGACAAAAUCCCAUUUUAUUGAUGAACACCAAAGGGUUAUAUAAGUUGAAUAAAAUAGCUUUGGGCAUUCAAAUUGCAUAACAGAAAUAACCAGUGUGGUUUGCCCUUAACAAGAAUAGCCUAAGGACAAUUUACUGUAAACGUUACCAAGAGAAGAGGCUGUUUUGCACUUCUUUGUACAAAAUGCUUUCAUCUUUUCCGCUGGGUGCUUUCUCUGUAGUCUGCUAAGGUGGCACGCUGAUCAUUCUGUCCUUUGCUCUCAUUCACUUAAAUAAAUACUGAGAUGUUUUCCCCAGUGCUUCCCAUCUUAAGGCUGCAGUGAUUUCCCAUUUCCCUACCUCCCCAUGCACUGUGAUAUCUGGUCUGCUUUUGACUGUGCCGUAGUGCCAGCCAGCUGUGGCCCAGCCAGCUGUGGCCCAGCCUGGUGUGGCCCAGCCUGGUGUGGCCGCCAUUGAAUGCGCUGCUUAGACCAAUGAAAGCUGAACAAUUAAAAGAGAUGAGAAAAUUUUAAAAAAAUAUAUGUAUUUGACAGCAACAGUAGAAUCGGAGUAUGUUGAAUGACCUUCAUGUCAAAAUGUGUUUUUGUUCCCUUUUGUUAACCAUCAAGUGUUCUUUGCAAAGGAAGCUUUGGCACUGAUUACACUGCUUACAGCACAUAGUCUAACAGUUUACUUUGGAAAAUAAUAUUCAGAUUGCUGUAUUAGGUGGUUUCGAUUGAGGUACAUAUGCUCACAUUUCUAGUGGUGCGUUUGUUCCUAUAAAUAUGGCUAAAGGUUGCUCUCAUCUCUUGAGCUUCUGUAUGUGACAAACACCCCUGAUGAGUGAAUCCUUCGCUCUGGUGACUGUUCAGGUCUCUCAGGCUGUCUAAUCGCAUUACAGGUAAUCUUGCCACUGUGUCAUUUGGUGAUUUUCUCUCUUUUCCCCUGGCCUGUAUCUGUCAGGGGAGAUAUGAAUGGCUAACUGUAGACGGUGCAGGGAGGUGAGGGGGCUCGGGGCAUGGUAGCGAUGAUGCAUGAGCUGGCAUCGGGCAGGAAACCAGCAAGUGCUGGCUGCUGCGCCCAGGGGUGCUGCUUCUUCGCUCCAGGUGGAUCUCGGCCUGCGUCGGCCUGCCACGGACUGCGGCAGCUUGUGGGGCCUCACAACUGUACUGUGUCGUCGUUCUACAGUCUAUCAGUCACCCUGUUUUUGUUUCUAUUGGUAAUCAGUACGUGCAUACAUAGCAGACAACCCUUAUUUGCAUAAUAAUUAUAUUCAUAUAUGCAUGUCAUUAUAAAUUUAAAAUAUAGGGAAAUUAACGUUCCAUACUCUCUCUAAAAUGGCUAUGAUACAGUCGUGACUAACGUCUUUUCAGCCACGAUUCGACAUCACUCCUCUAAGUGACAGUUUCUCUACCAUGAUGCAUUGCGCCAUUGAACAUUUGGCACAUGUGGAAAGGUGCUUGGGAUGCGAGAGAAUGAGUGUCGAGGAGCGAUGCAUGCUGGGAGAAAAUUGGGCCAUGGCGAUUGAUAUCUCUCUACUCCCACAAAGACUGAUAUUUCCUGGAAUUGGCUGUGAGACCGUCUGUGAAUUGUAAAAGGUUCACCAGCUGCUUAAAUGUCAGCUUAUGGCAGGUAAAAAGAAGUUUUGGCUUUAACCCAUGGCUGACUGGACUGACUCGUUUCUGUAAUUUCCUAGUCACAUUUACCUUUAAAAUGCAUUUAUUAUGCUCUUAUGUUAAAUCUCAAAAAUAUGAAAUCUGAAUUUCGCUAUAAUUUAAAUUUUAAAAUGUGCAAAAAUGAUGUGAAUGCUUGGUGCAAACCGGUACCGAUUUCUAUUUUAUAUUUACUUCGUGGUUUAAGGCAGCAUUGGGGGACCGCCGUGGAGAUCACUAAGGGACAGGGACGGGCUUCUUUCUGCAGUAAACGCCCGAUAUUACCGUCCCCUUUGCUGCUCAUGCAGAGUGUUAAGUUUUUUGUUUUUUACUUUUAUCUAUGGACCUUAAAAUGCAUUUUAUCCAUAUGCGAAUUAUGCACGAAGACGACGUGCCACAUUAUCAUUUUGUAUUAUUCGUCCUGCAUAUACUGGGCGGAUCGUAUAGGCUAGUGUCACGGUGGAUUUGCUACAAAAGUAAAUGCGUCUAUAAAUACUGUGGCAUAGCUGUAUUCUAUAUUUUUUUGUUACACAUGAGAAUGUAUUACGUAUUGUGGGGGCGAUUUUUUUAAGGGCUCUGUGAUUGUCCAUGUCAAACGCUUCACGUAAGCGUUUCUUUCCGGAAAUCGCACGUGGAUUCAUGGUCCCGAAACUGAUCCCAGCAUGUGCUGAAACCCACCUCACAUUAUAGACACCUUACACUAUAAACGCUUUGGGUGCCGCUUGCAUUUCACACUGACGUCCAGUCUGAGGAAUUUUCCGGGCGAUUUUGCGGCCACGCUGUGUAUAGGCGGAGGGAUGCAUUUCACCGGUGUUAUUCAGAAAGCUUUGUGCCGUGGUCUCUGGGCGCAGCUGCCGUUUUCUUUCUACGUUGCCAUUCGUGCAUCUGUUUUUCCUUUUUCUCCAGUCGUCCCUGCCGUUUUGCGGCGGAAGAUACAGAGUUGUGUGGGUGAAGUUCUCUGCCCCAGUCUCGGUCCCUCUCGGCGCGGCAUGUGACACCCAGGCCGGUCUUUGUGUUUCGUUUGUCACUGAUCCCAACCAAGGGUCUUCCCUUGUGCUGUCCGUCCAGUUUAAACGAAUUGAAACGUCCGGCUCCUGUCUGUUUAUGAAUGUCUUUGCGUAAAGACAGGACCGCAGAAUGAGCGGGGGCAUAUGUGCUUGAGACCCGCGUCUGCUCUGCCUGGUCUUCCUCUCCUCAUUCCCUAUCAUCAGAUACGAGGUGUUUCGCCAGCUACAAUCAUCAAACCGUGGGCGCUGUUUUCAGUGCUGAAACGCAGUAUUCUGUGUCCCACAUGCGCCGGUAUAAUUAAUGUCGCUUUGUAUAUUCCUUUAAGGAUCGUUAAUAAUCGUACCCCCUUAUAACAAUCUGCCCUCUGGAGCCUAUGUCACCACUAAUCCUAUAAAGCCCCGAAAGACUACCCUGUAAUUGUGUGAUUAAUAUCCACUCCCUCUGUUGUGAGGAAUAUGUAUAUAAAUUUGUAACUGGGUAAAGCUGAUGAUGAAACAUUGUUUGCAGCAUUAAAAGUUAUGCAUGAUUGGGAUGCCUGCGGUUUUCAUUUCACCGUACAUUACUUGCAUUGUGUGACUUCAGUUACAGUAAGAAGUGUUAGCUUUUUUGUAAUUUAAUGCUUGUUUUUGUGUUUAAGGGGCUCUGAGUCUCAUUGGGGACUGUGGGAUAUUCUGUCACCAGUUCGAUUUACAAAGAAAUGCAGAAGUCAUUUCUUUAGUGUUAAACGUCAUCAGAAUUUGCUUCCUGUAACUAAUUCUUAUCUCUUUGAGGUUCUUUCGGGCCAUUUGAGAAAAUUAGGCACUUGUCCGGUUGAGGCCCCCUCCAAUCUGUAGGCUUAUUGGAUCAUCCAUCAGUCAGAGUGCUCAAGCUCAUUAGGGAUAAGAAGGUGGUGAGUUAUGCUGGCGCGAUGCCUUACUCUGCCGCGUGUUAGAUUCUCUACGAUGCCGGCCAAGCAAAACGUUUUCAUUUGAGGCACGAGAGACCAAAAAGUGUGAUAUAUCUGCACAGCACCCCCCGAAAUGCUUUAAGAUGUGCGUCAUGACAAGAGAGCCGCUGCACAGAUGGCCGGCGACGCAUUCCCUGCGUCCCGUUGGUCAGGUAAUGAGGAUGAAGCGUUGCGUGGUCCUCACAAGCGCCUCCGAGUCCUGCAUGGCAGGCAAUCGCGAGCACGAUCCUAUUCUAUUCUGCCCUGCCUUGAGGGAGCUCAUUAGGGUUUUAAUGUCAUUUUUCUGGAAAUCGCACCAAAGUUGGAGCAUCCGUGGGGAGGACGUGAAUAAAUGUAUUUGUCACUUUUCAGAACGGCAAAUUACAUAGCGUGGCUUAAUUAGGAAGUGCCGCCGUCCGCGUCUUUUAUUAUGCAGAUGAAUGGGGUCCACGCUCGCUGUUUUCCCGCAAAUCUGAAGCCAGGUGUUGACAAUCGGAACGCCGGCGGUUUUCCUGGGGAAGGAAUAGAACUGCAGAGCCCGACGAGCUGCAGUCAUGUGACAGAUGAAGAAAUGCGAGCUGUUAGUGACAUUGAUGUGCCUUGGCACUCAUUUACAUGCUGGUUUUUGCUUUUUCUAUUCUUUUCGAAAAACAUGUUGACACAGGUUAUGUGGCGGUUUCUGUUUAUUUAUACUGUGACAGUUGGGUUAUGGCAGAAAUCUGUACCCCUCUGAAUUCUCUCAUUUUAGUGGUAGCUUCUUGCAGAUUUUUAAGUGAUGCCGCAGCUCCGGUGGGCGGGAGCCUGUAAGUUCAUUAAGUCAGUCCACAUGGCUCUUGUGCACAUCCAGUCUCCCGUCAGCCUGGGAUGGCGGAGAUGGAUGCAACCCCAAAGGUAUCUGUUUGAAGGAAUCUUCUUUCGGUGCUCAGUUCGACACUUUGCUUUCUGUUAAUUGCCACCAGCUUCCUUUUGUCAUCGCUGUGCGUGCCUCAGAGACGGGUCGCCCGCUGCCUUGCUGUCCUUGUAUCGCCGCAGCUUUGGGGCAGCCGUGUCUUCUUCUUGAUGGGGGGGGGGGGAGGCAAGCUGCCUUCGCUUGCUUUCACAGUGAUUGUUUGCAGGAGAAAACCGAUCCUUGUGUAUCUCUUUGCCAGACCAUAAUUAAAAGAAAUGAUUGAACCUCUUUAGUUAUUUGGGGGAGGGUCUCUAAAUUGAAGGUGGACUCGCCUGAUCCAGCUUGUCCAUAAGAGGCCGGAAUGAGACUUAACCUGAUAUUUAAAUCCUCACUGCAGAGGGAGGCGGCGCACUGGCUGAUUUUAAGCAUGCAAAAAGUGGCCAUCAAAUAUUUAUAGCAUGGGAAGCACUGGGAAAAAGAUUUAAUCUCAAGUCCAGUUCUGCUAGAGCCAGUGCAGCAGCAGUGCACUGGGAAACCCAGCUAUUAUGUCACUUUAUUGAUUUUCCUGCAUAUUAGGAGCUUGUGCCGUUUAGUGUUCAGCCAGUUCAGAGCUGGCUGCAGUUUGCGGCUCACACUGAACUACAGUAGGAAAGUAGCGAAAACGGCUCCUCUUGUACAUUUGCAUGAAUUAUACACAGAUAAGUGGGAAGAUGAGUUAUGCAUCUUAAAUAUUGCAUUGGCCAUCAUGUCUCUGUCGUUCUGUCUCUCGCCCUGUAACAUUCAUCAGCUGAGUAGCAGAACGCACACUUCUCUUAUUUUUGGCAGCACAUUGAGCAAUCUGUCUUCUGUGAUGACGGUGCGGGCUGACGCGCUGUGCGAGACAUCCCUCCUGUGUGUGCCAUCAGUACUGUGCUCUGGACUGUCUACCCUCCCAACCUGAACUGGCCUUUGUUGUGGGUUGACAUUGCUGUCAGCCCCCCCCUCCUCUUCUUUUGAGUGAGUGAGUGAGUGGCAAAUGAGUGGGUGGACAUGAGGGGUUUGGUGAGGUGGGAUGGUGGGGGGAGGGGUUUUCACAGCCCAUGCGCACGAACACACACACAAACACACACGCACAUACUUCCUCGCACGCACACGCCCCAGCGUUCCCACCUCCAGCCUCACGCUCGGGCCGAUGCCGCUGAAUCUCUAAUGAAGAGCUCAAUUUAGCCCCGGUGAUGUGUGCAGGGCGAGGCGAGGCGGGCGCCGUGACUGGCUGAGCCACUGCUGACAUCACGCCGGCCAGCCGUUGAUUUGCCGCUGUCUCCAGGGCUCGGCCCGAGAGCCCGGGUGAUGGGCUCGAGCGGCUAGGCUGAGAGGGUAGAGCGAGGGGCCCUGGGCGGGCAGGCAGGCAGGCAGGCAGCCCGCUCCGCACAGCCCACUCCGCACAGCCCGCUUCCUGCUUCGUGCUGCCUCCGGGACUAUGGAAACUAAACCCCCCAGCUAUGGACAUAAGGCAGGCUGCUAUGUGGCAGGUCUCGGAGGGGCAUGAGCGGCUUGUGGCACGGCAGCCCUGCCCCGACCUGGCUGCGCCGCUACUGAGGGGGACAUGGGACACUUCUUUGGGGCUUCCAGCAGGCUCAGCACAAGCAGCCCCCCCGGGUCCGGCCCCCACCCGCCCUGCAGCAGAGAGCACAUCAGGUCCCCAGCAUUUGGUAGACGCUCCACGUAAUCAUCUCCGAUGAGGAUGUCCGGUACUGUCACCGGAAAAGAUGAGGCUGAGGCAGUACGGGGUCCUGAGGCUGCGAUCGCAGAGCCGGCGACAGGCCAGAAGGAGCCGGCGGAGGCCAGCAGGGAUGCCAGUCUGCACAGUGGCAGGGCUGAAUCGCAGCAGCCCGCGCUGAAGCCCGGACAGGUGGAAGACAGGCUGAAGUCUAACGCAAAGUUAAAGUUAGUUCGGAGCCUGGCCGUGUGUGAAGAGCCGUCUCCUCCCCCUAGCGCAGAACGGGCCCAAGGACUCCAGGAUAAAAUUCAGAUCCACUUCUCCCAACCGGUUGAAAAAAGUGAGCCACCCAUCAGAGACAAAGAUGAGAAGGGGAAGAACACAGAAGAAUGGGAGAAAGCCUCACGGAGGAUGCUCUCCAGAGAUUCCAGUCAGGAAUACACAGACUCAACUGGUAUCGAUCUCCAUGAGUUCCUAGUAAACACUUUACAAAAUAACCCCAGGGACAGAAUGAUGCUGCUAAAGUUGGAGCAUGACAUCCUGGAUUUCAUCAGCAACGAAAGCCAGAGGAGGAAAUUCCCCCCUAUGACAUCGUACCACAGGAUGCUGUUGCACAGGGUGGCCGCCUACUUCGGGUUAGAGCACAACGUGGACCCAACAGGGAAGUCUGUCAUCAUCAAUAAAACCAGCAGUACCCGAAUACCUGAUCAAAAGUUUUCAGAGCACAUCAAAGAUGAUAAGACCGAUGACUUCCAGAAGCGGUACAUCCUCAAGAGGGACAAUGCCAGCCUCGACCGGGACGACGGCAUGAUGCGCAUGCGGCUAAAGGACGACCGCAGAAGCAAAUCCAUAGAGGAGCGUGAGGAGGAGUACCAGCGGGCAAGAGACAGGAUAUUCGCACAAGAUGGUACCGAGGCCUUCCCACUAGACAGGAGGAUCCAGGAGAAUGAAAUCACUAACGGCACGCAACAGAGACGCCAGAUUUUUAGGCUGAAGGACGGACGGUCGGCCAGCAGCCGGCAGAGCAGCUCCGAAAAUGAGCCUCGGUACUCAGAGCUGCGGCCCUGGAGCAGUACGGACUCCGACAGUUCGGGCCGCAUUCUGAAGCCGGCCAUGACCAAGGCCGGCAGCUUCAGUGGCAUCUCGGUACUGAUCCGGGGUGACAGCUCAGGCAGCAGCAGGGGUGCCGGCCGGCUCUCCAAGACAGGUUCAGAGUCUUCUGGUAGUAUAGGGUCAUCCACGGGGUCGCUCUGUCGCUCUCAGCUGCCGGCCGCCCCCAUCCUGGGCCGGACUGCCAUACUUCCCACUCCCGGUGCCGGUGGCUCUGUGUGCUGUGAGGAAGGCAGGCCCGGCCUGGCUGUGGCUCCGGCUAGCACUGGCUACUAUUUGCUUCAGCCAGCAGGGAUGCCACCUGGCAGUGUUCUGGUGAACCCGCACACAGCAGGACAGCCCCCCCUGAACCCCGACCGCAGCACCGUGAUGUACAGCCCCACUGUGCUCCAGCCACGAGCCCGGCUCCACCAGCCCCUGCCCCAUCCGCAUCAGCCGACGCACCACAUGCUCCCGCAGCCUAUGCGCCCACUGCAGCCAUCAGCGCAGCCUGCCCAGUGCCCGGCCAUCUCGUACCCCACUCAGCUCCUACCUGCCCCCCCUAACCAGCAAAACACUGUGGACAGCCUGGGUCCCCAGUUCGGCCACUUGAGCCUGGGUCGGCAACUGUCCUCCGAGGGGCCGGACGGCCAUGCCGCCACGUACCCAGCCCCGCUGGUGCUCCAUGCCCCCCAGGCAGGGGGCUACAUGGGGGGUGUUCCCCCACAGCCUGUGCAGCAGCCUCUGCCACCAUUUCCGCAGGGAUACAUGCAGCAGCAGCCACCCAUGCAGCAGGUGCCAGCAUGCUAUUGCGCUCCAGCCCAGUUCUCACACCCAGCCCAGCCGUACCGCACCACCACCCCCGUGCACUACAGCGGGUCGCAGAGCCAGAGCCUGAUCCAGCCCAGCCAGCAGUCAGGCUGUCAGACUGUGAUGCCAAACCAGCCCCAUGGCUACCAGAGUGUGGUGGCGAUGCAGCCUCCCCCGGGCCAGAACCUCGCCGGCUGCCAGCCCAGCAAUAUGGGAAGCCAGAUGCAAGGCAUGCUGCUGCACUAUCCGUCUGCGCCGUCCUAUCAGGUGCCUGUGCCCCAGCAGACAGUGGUCCUUCCCGGGCAGUCAGGCCAGGGGAUUGUGCCCUCGCCCAGCGUGCAAGUGUACUACAGCGUGCUGCCGGCCGCCCAGCAGAGCACCAUCAGCUCCUCGCUGGGCUUCCCGCCGUGUCCCCAGCAGAUGGAGCCGACGACGUUCCCGCGGACCCCCCCAGCCUGUGGCGGGCAGCAGCACCCCCCCGAGCAGCAGCGCGCAGGUGGCUCCGCCCAACACGCAGCCAGUGUGGUCAUGCUGCACCUAGCCCUGCCCCCAAGUCACCAGCCUCAGCCCCACUCGCCCCCUCACUGGAAAUGCAACAAGCACCACAGCUUGGACUACCAGAGGGGCCCCAAACUCACAGAGUUCGCAGCUGUGGACACUUUGCAGAGCAGUCCCCCGCUGGGCAGCCCCGCCUCCUCUCCCACCCAGUCACCCGGCCCCGCCCACAUCAGCAGCAUCAAGAGUGUCCGUCCCGGCCUGGUCCCCAUACCCAUCAUGCCCCAGUUUACCCAAGGCUUUGUCCCAGGACAGGGUGAUGUGAGGUACCCCCUGCUGGGCCAGCCCCUCCAGUAUAAUGCCCCAGUGUGCCCCCCUUUACUGGCUGGCCCCCAUGUGGUUCUAAACCACCAGCAGGGUCCCACGGGAGUCCGGCAGGGCGGCAGGGGGAAGAAGCCACCGAGGAGGGCAGUGUGUACAGAUCUCAGUGUAGGUGAAGCAGUGAACGGGCGCAUCCUGGAGCUGGUGAGUCGUAAAGAGGCAAAGGCACUACUCAGCAGCCUGUGAGUGGUGGGCACCACCAUCAGGUGGCUUAUAAAACUACAGGACAGGGCUUGUGACGGUGGAUCACGCAGACCACCCUACAGCCUGGCACCGGCCUACCUUGUCCUCACCCUCUUUCCCUCCAGAUAGACCCAGUGGCUCCUUGGCAUCAUUCAGACUGAGGCUCACUCCUUGCAGUGGGACAGCUCCCAGUGAGGGAUCCCAUCCACCAUCAUCACCACAAGCACUUCCUGUUGCAGGCACUCCCCCACUUCCUGUUGCAGGCACUCCCCCACUUCCUGUUUAUGACUGCAUUGCCCUCUUGAGUUCAACAGCUGUUGAGAAUGUGUUGUGUUCAUAAUGUUCUAGCGAUUUGGAAGCAAGAUAACUUGAAUUUUUCAAUGAAUGAGAGUCCAAAAUAGUAGCCACUCGUUUUUUUCUAAAUUGACUGGAACAUAUCAAAUGGCAGCAUGUACUGUUUCUUUUUUUAGCUUUAGAUUUAUAUUUGGAAAAUUAUGUCAGACUCAAAACCUGGCUAUACAGAACUGUUUUUUUUCACAUCCAUCAGCAUCCUUUACUUUGACACCACCACCACCACCCCACCCCGCCACCCCCCCCCUCGAAAAAAAAAAAAAGAAAAAAAAAAUAUUGACUGUGUGACUACUUUCCUGCUGCGGCUGGUCUGCUGUGGAGUUCAUCCUGACCUAUGGACCAGGAUCCUUUGUGUGCCUUCUACCAGAACUCUACCAGGCCCUCUGGUAACUUGUAAAAUGAAAAGCUCCACCCCUUGUACAUAAUUUAUAAAUUAGCUAAAUAAUUAAGUCUGUUCUUUUCACAGUGAAUGUCACUCCUGUAAUGGACGCACAUGAGAGGGAGAGCCUCUGGUUUAAUAUUCCUUUUUUAACUUAAUUUAAAACCUCAAAGAGAAUAAGAGAAGACCCAUAUAGCCUAGAACACCUUUCAGGAUCUGUGACCUGCCAUCAUCAAGAGGCCCCUGCUUUCUGAAACAAGGCCAGUUUUACACUGAAACAUCGUGCUGUUGUAUUUGUACGAAGGUCCACUGCUAAGAACUGAUUCUUUGUUUCCUUCAGCAAGUGGAUCCUGAAAGGCUGUGCAAUGGUUUUCUGGUGCAAGUCAUUUUUAUUUGUUUCAAACCAAUAAACGUUUACACCAAA